UGCCAGGAACCAAGUGGAUAUUUUAAAAAAAUUUCAGGCAUUUUUCUUAAGAAUAUUUUUCAGUAUAACAUUGUAAAUGCAAAAUUGAACAAAUAUAAUAAAAAAUAUUAAUUAGACGCAACGCUUACUCUUGCUUUGGUUCACAGACAUACCAACCGACGUGUUCAUUCCUGCCGCAGAUAUGUUUUUUCUGUCACAAACCUCUUCCGUGCAAUUGUAAAAUAUCUUCGGAAGAAAAUUUUCACCGCAAAUUAGAAGAAAUUGUUUCAUCUUGGCUAAGAGAGAUACCUGUAUCUUAUGACGAUAACCCUUGCAACAAAGCCGUAAGGGAAAGUAUGGUAAUGGAUUUGAUAAAAAAAAUGAAAAGCUUAAAUUACGAUGAACAUUUCGAAAAUAAUGCGAAGAAUGAAAUACUUGAAUGUGUCAAGAGACUGCCGAUGUGGCGCCCGAGUGCUAUACGAGAUCGAAAUAUAUUUGAAAUGCAAAUCAUAGACAAUUUAAUAAAUAAAAUACAUAGUGUAAAUGAUAAAGAAAUGUGUAAGAAAGAAAUUGCAAAAUGGUUGGACAAUAUUUCUUUAUGGUCUGUGGAUAGCCAAGGUCAAACAGUCGAUAGAAAUUUCUCAAAAAAUCUAAUGUUAGAAAAAUUGGCAGAUUUAUUUGCAAAUGGUUCGUCGAAGGAAACAAUGAAAACUGAUAUUUUUCAAAUUCUGAAUGAAUUUCCUAUCAAGACAGAAGGAGAUAAAACUACAUUUAUUGAUGACCUUGCUCAAAUGUUAUCUAAUAAACAACAAAGUUUGGUAAAGGAUGGUAGAAGAGAUAGUGAUUAUAUACGUAAUAAAUAUGAGAAACAAAUUGAGGACUGGCUCCAAGAUAUACCAGGUUUUUCUAAGGGUAGCAGUCUAAAUGUCAAAGAAAAUAGGAUGCAAGUGGAGUCAUUAAUAAAGAAUCUUCAGCAAUUAGAAAAACAAGGAAUUAACACCAAGGAAAUUCGUGAUGAAAUGCAAAGUCAAAUCAAUGAUUGGCUUGAACGAAAUGCAGGUGGUCUUGAUCCUCGCACAAAAAAUAAAUUAACUGAUAGAUUGUUACAAAAUUUAAUUAACACGUCAAAAACUGCUUCAAAAAGAGCUACACCUAAGUACUAUAGAAAUACAUUAGUCCCGCAAAUUUUAGACUGGUUAGAAGACAUAUCAGAGAUAUCAGGCAGUGAUUCUGAAAAUAAAAAAACAGCUGAAAAUUUAGCCAUUAAACUUGAAGGGCUAACUGACGAAAGUGACAUACAAAAUCAAAUUUCAAAUUGGCUAAGCAGUCUUUCGAAAAGCAAAGGAAAUCGGCUAGAUGCUAUAACUCAAAAUAACCUAAUAAAAAAUCUUUCCAAUAAAAUAAAUACAAGGCUCUGUACCAAAAACGACGAAGUUCUCCAAAAUAAUAUAUUGGACGUUCUUGGAGAAAUCCACGUCUUAGACAUAUUUUCUAAUGAAAAGAAAAAAUUAGCCUAUCAAUUAACAAAAUCUAUGCAUGAAGGUGCUAAUGAACAAGUUAUUGAGAAUGAUAUUAAAGACUGGGUGUCAAAUGUUUCUAAAUCUAUUGGCACCCAACUGACUCCUAAAGAUGAAGAAAAUUUAACAAAUAAAUUAUUAUCUCUUACAAAGACUUAUCCAAAGCAAAGAAGACGAUGGAGCGAUCAAGAACAUAUGAAAAAUAACAUCAACCAACAAAUUUCUCAAAUCUUUGAAAACAGUGGAGUAAGCCUUGACAAUGACAGCAAAAAGAAAAUACAGAACAAAAUUUUAGAUUGCAUUGCAGAUAAAAACCAAUAUUUUGAUAGUGAUGACGUUUUUAUGAAAAUAGUUGAUAUUCUAGAAGAGGAUGCUGACUUACCAACUAGAGAAGCCAAAAAAAUUGCUAAUGAUAUAAUAAAUAAAAGCAAAUAUGUAAACAUUUCUCGUCGCAUUAGCAUUUCACAGGAGACAGACACAUCUAAUAUUUUAGCUGACCAAGAAAUGCGUGGAUAUCCUUAUCCUGUACCAAAUGAGACUCAGAUUUGCAAAUCUCCAAUAAAAAAGCAAAUAUUUAUUGAUAGUGCUCUAAAUGAGAUUUUAGAUUUCACCGCAGAAUUGACUGGAGAUAACAGUCUACGUUCUACUAAAGAAUGGAAAGAGGCUGCAGUCGAAUUGGCAGAACGUGUUAGUGAUAUAUUAUUUGACUCAAACAGCACACCUGCAUAUAAAAGAGAUUUACUUAAUGAAGAAGUACUACGAUAUUUUCAAAAUUUACAUAUAGAAACUGAUGAAACACAAAAUGAUCAAGUGAGAAAACAUGUGGAUCGAUUACAAAACUUAGCUUAUACAACAUCGACACCGCGGACUUCAUUUAUAGAAAAAACACAUUCAUUUUUUCACCCACAUCAAAAAAGUCAAAACUUUUCAUUAUCCACGAUAAAUGAAAAUGCAUCUUUGAGCCAAUAUAAAAAACCACCUACAGCAGAAGAAAAGCAAUAUAUGUCUCAACUUGAACACAAAAUUGAGGACUGGUUAGAAACUUUACCCAUUAACUUUGGUGCUAGUAAUGACAAUGACUUUAAAAAAACUAUGCUCAAAGAUUUGGCUUCUGAUAUACUAGAUAGGCAGAAGUACUUACAGUUAAAUCCUAUGACCAAAACUUCAGAUGAAGAAGAGCUGGAACAUUUAAAAUACCAAGUGUUUCGAUGGCUUAAUAAGUUACCAGAUAUUAAGGAGCUUAUGCCAUCGAUCGCUAAAACAGAUGAAUUAAUGGAAUUUAUGAAAUCAGUUCCUGUCCCUUGUCUCGUCCAAAAUAAAAAUCCCUACGAAAGUAACCAAAAUUCCAAUUUCAGUUCAAUUCAUGAUGAAAUAUCGAACUGGAUAGAAGCAGUACCAUCUCAUGUUUUCAAAUUGAAAGACAAAAAUCAUCAAAAAGAAAUGAUAAAAGAAUUGGCAAACGAGAUUGGUGAAUAUCAAAUGAAUUGCACUUUAACAGAAACUGCUUUAGACGAUCUUAUACUCAGGUGGUUACAAAAAAAUUUAAACUGCAGAAAACAGUCGUUGGAAAACAAAUCGGAGACCUUGAAAUCUGCAUUGCUCAAUAAAGAUAUAGUGUCAUUUGUACGAGAUGACCAGGAAGAAAAUUUUCAAGCAGCUAUUGGCGAGUGGUUUAAAUCUUUACCUUUAAAAUCAAGAACUUCAACAGAUAUAAAACAAAUAGAAAACGUUAAAGAAAAUUUAAUGAAAAGCCUGAAAAAAAUUCACCAACAGGAUUCUCCAAGUUCUGCAAACUAUGAUAAAAAAAUUAAAGAAGAAAUUGAGAAACAUUUACAACUCCUUCCUGUAUCAUCUAUCGAACAAAAAAAUAUAGCUCUUGUUCAACAAAAAGUCACUGAAUUAUUAGGCAACUUGAAACAGAUUCGUACAGAAACUGAGUCAAAAAGGCCGUCAUUAAGCAAUACUGCCCUUAAAAGUGUAAUUGAUGAUUGGUCAUCUAAUUUACCAUUUAAACCAGGAAAAUCCAGCAAUGAUAUUAAAAAAGAUGUUGAUGAAUUUAUGUCUACUAUAAAAUCAAUGUUUAAAAACAAUGAUGUCAAUAGUUUUAAUGUUGAAUUACAAAAUCAAGUUGAAAAAUUAUUGAAAAAAAUACCUUUACAAAUGAAUUUGGUCAAUGAAGAACAUAAACAACGUCUCAUGAAUAAAUUAUUGGAAUUGAUGCGAUCUAAUACAAAUGUCAGUUUUGGAAAAACUACAGACAUCCUCUACGAUGACAUUGAAGACUGGUUUAAUAACCUUCCUAUAUCUAAUGGUAAUACUCCUAAUGAAAUAGAAAAACAUGAAACGUUGAAACGAAAUAUUGUUAGUAAACUUUUACAAAAAAUUAAAGAUCUUAAUAUGAAACCUGAUAUAUUUAAUGAUAAUACUCUAUACGAAGACUUGUUAAACGAUGAAAUAGAUGACCUUCUUUCUACAUUACCACAAACUCCACAAUUGCUAGAUCAAAAGGAGUCAAUAAAAGACAAUAUAACUAAAAAGGUUAAGCAAGCGAAGCAAAAAACUGAAAGCGAAUUGGCAGGAUACGCUUACAAGCAACAACUUCGAGAUGCUAUAUCAACCACUCUGCCUCAAAUAGGUAACGUAGCUACGGAAGAGAAAGCACCGUUUGAAAUUUUAAAAGAAACUGUAGCUGACGCUUUUAUAAAGCUACAUUAUACUCCAAACAAUGAGUUGAAAAAUAAAUAUAAACAAGAAAUUGGCAAAGCAAUUGAUCAAUUUUGCAAUGAUUAUCUGAAACUAUUUCCGGCAUCACCUGUGGAUCCCAAGAAACUUAAUCACGAAUUACACACUGCUUUGCAGAAAGUCCCAAAGCCUAAAGAUGAUACGGUAAAAUCGCAAGUAGAACAAGUACGAAUAAAAGAACAAAUAGAUGAGUGGCUAAAUGACCUACUUUUAGAAGAUACAUCUCAUACACAGCAAUUACAGAAAAAUAAAAUAGUUUCAAUUUUAGCGAAUGUAUUACAUGAAACAGAAAAAGAAAAAGAUGUUAAUCCCAAUUUUAAUUUCGAAAACAAAAUGAGGCAAGACAUCAUGAUGUGGAUGAAAAAACUUUCAUUGAAACCUGAAACAAAAAAAAAUAUAGAUGAACACAUUGAUAAACUCAUAAAAAAACUGAAUUGUACAGAAGACAGUAGAAAAUUUAGUAUUUCUAAUUUAGACCAUACCGUAAAUGCAGUGAAAUCUCAAUAUCAGUAUCAUAUCCCACCAUCUACUUUGUCUAAAGAAGACAGAAACCAUUUAGAACGUAUAAGACAAAGGAGCCAAAGAUCACCAUGCGGUGUUUGUCCACCGACACUUCUCAGCAAGGAUGCGUAUGUAAAUCCUAUACCAAUGGAUGCAAGCAAUCAAACUGACGUAUUUCAGCAGCGUCAACCUUUAUCUCCAAAUAUCAAUAUAAAUGAAUACAACUGGGAAUCUGUAGAUGAUGUUUCAAGACUUUGGGAAUCGAGCAAUGAGCCAUAUCAACAAAAUCGAAUGGAUCAUCUUAGCAGGAACUACUAUGACGCAGGUCAACAACAACAACCAGCUCAAUAUAUACUACCGCAGGAACAAAAUAACACAUGGUCUCGGUCAUCUGCACAAAGAAAUUCAAAUGUCAGUCCUAGAAAUGCAUAUGAAUCGUUAAAACCAAGCGUCCCAAUGUCAGCUCCUUGUACGUCACAAUUUCAACAGCCAUGUGUGACGCCAAAAGCACCUUGUUCAGAGCCACAACCCUGUUCAUCUUCACCACCUUGCACAUAUUUAGAACCAUCAUGUGUAUUAAAAACAAACUCUAAUAACGCUGUUCCAUAUUACGACAAUAUACAACCACCAUAUAAUCCUCAAUUUAAUAAUACAAUUCCACAACCACAACCCUGUACAACAUUACAUCCUCCAUGCAUACCCCAACCUUCAUGCGCUCCCUUACCGUGUAUACCACAGCACGCCACUGGAGCUCCUGAUCUUUCGACGCCCCAUUUGAGGUCAUUUCCUUCACAAGCCCCACCAUGCCUAUCUCAAAAUAUGACACCUGAAUUCAAACAAAGGAGGUAUCCGAAGAAACCUCAGAUCUUUAACAUUCCACCUUGUAUGAAGACAUGUGGUAAUCAAUCACUUGGACCUAAAACAUCUAAGGGAUCACCUGUCGAUGAGUCUCUAUAUAACAAUGAAAUUGACGAUAUAGUUUGGGGCCUGCCGUGUGUAAGAAGAAGUAAGAGAGUUCCACUUUCAAGUAUCGAUAUCAUAAAAUGUAGAAAUGAUGAGAAAUCUAAAUACCAUUGCAGAGAGCAUUAUACACCACGUAUCUGUGAUCAGCGACCAUGUAUGACGAAAGACUUGAUGCAGCGUUGUCCGAAAUGUUGCGGGGUACAUUGUCCUUAUCCCAGCUAUUUAUUCUUCCGAUAG